UAAUUACAAUUAAUAUGAUUUAUUUGACUACAAUUUGCGGCAAAUAUUUUGGAGUAAAUGCAUUUCAAUUAUAUUUAUCUCCGAUUUUGACGACCAAAGCAAAGACAACAACUUUGUCGGCGAUUGCCAUCAAUUGUAUACAAAGCCGAGGAAUGGCCGCCCGUCGUGGCAAACGAAUUGCUGCGAACCGAGAGAAACAACGAUUGGCCAGAAUUAAACGGGAAGAAGCUAAGAAUGCACCGCCGAAAGUGUGGUCACCAGAGAAACUCAAGAUUGACAAGUCUGCUCUUAAUGUCGGUCCGCGUCGGUUCUCCGACAAACACCUUAAAGACUUGACCUCAAUUGUUGACAAUGUUUACGUGACAUCACUAUAUAAACAGUUGACAUAUUCAAUGACUGAUGCAAUUGAGAUGUAUAGAGAAACACACGACGAGACCGGCUAUAAUGAGACCAACUCUAUGCUCGAGACCACCGUUGAGCUCGAUUUGAGAACCAAAAAGAAGACCAAAUUUUGCGAUGCCUUCAAAGGCAUUGUUUCGUAUCCAAACAAAUUUGAAUAUAAAGCCAAUCGCAGAAUAAUAGCCAUUUGCAAGAAAGAUGAGGACAAGUUUGACGCUAAAGAAGCCGGUGCUGAUGUGGUGGGCGGUCAGGAAAUCAUCAAAAUGUUGAAAAAAGGAGACCUAUCGCUGUCCAACUUCGACGAUCUUGUCUGUCACGGAGAUCUGUUGAUUGAGUUGGCAGACAUCCGGGGAAUACUUGGCUCUGCAUUUCCUUCAAAACUACGGGGAAAUCUCGGUUUUGAUAUGAAAAAGUUAGUCAAUCAGUUCGUCAACGGUAUUGAAUACAAGUGUACUAAAGAUGAGUUUGAAUUGGACUACGGAUGGGUUCGCGUGCCGUUCGGUAGACUCAAUCAGUCUAACGUCCAGUUGGAGCAAAACAUAAGACAUUUAUUGUCAACUAUUGAGAAACAUAAGCCAACAACAGCUAUAGUUCCGUUCAUAACCCGAGUGUUAAUACAUAGCGAGCCGUCAAACGAAGAAUUUGCAGUUAAAUUUUGGAAUUAUAUCGAGGGAUAUGAAGAGUCUGAUCCAGAUAAUGAAAAUAAUGUCGACAACGACAAAGAGUCUUUAAAAUCAAACGCUUAAACAAAUCAUUAAUCAUUAAACUAAACAAAAAAUAGGUUAUUAAAAAACAUAAAUUAAAAAUAAAUACAAAUUAGAUAUAAAUCGAAAUCUUUUAUCAAUAAAAUCAAAAUA